AUGAUAUACACAAUAACGGAAAUUCGACGAUUUGCAUUCUGGGUAAGGCCUCUUUCUCACAUGUGCUCUCAGCAAAAUGGGAGCCAAAAAGCCAGACCCUAAAGGAGGUUCCAAGGGUAAAGCCCCAGCCAAGAAGAAGGAAGGGGGCGGUGGUGGCAAGGCCAAGAAGAAGAAGUGGUCUAAGGGAAAAGUCAGGGACAAGUUGAACAAUCUGAUCCUCUUCGACAAGGCAACAUAUGACAAGUUCAAGUCUGAAGUACCCAACUACAAGCUUAUCACUCCCUCAGUUGUAUCUGAGAGGAUGAAGAUUCGUGGCUCACUGGCUAAAGCUGCUCUUCGUGAGCUUCACAAAGAUGGUAGGUAUUGCAUUAUAGCAGGCACUUUUACAAAAAUGUGCUGUAUGAUUAAAUUAUUUCACUCGCCGAUCUGAUUUAGCAUGGUGAUUGUGAUAAUAUGACAGUACUUACAGUUGUAGGAUUGUUGAUUUGUCCAGGGAAAAAAAACGUCUAAAAUUUUUGUAGAUUCUGCAGUGCAUUCAGUUGCACACACUUUUAUCGGAUAAUUACUGCGAUUUCAUUUAUGACCAGAAAUUCAGUCUUUAAAAAACUUUUAAAAAAGAACAACACACACACACAAGAAUUUCGUCGUUUCAGAAUAUUAGUAAGACAAGUCAAUAUUUAAAACAAAAAAUGUCAGAAAACAAGUUAUUCAUUCCAUAAAUUUCCUUAAGUUAUAAAUCUAAAUGAAAAAUACAUUUAUUUUCAAAAGUUUAUUUGCUUUCGGACUGUAAUGAGGAUUGUAACAAUACUUACUACCAGUUGGUUAACAUCUAAAUCACAUUUCAAUUAAACAUUCAGAAGGAUCUUAUACUGUGAUGUAGUUUUCAUUUUAAGUGAAUAAUAUUUCCUUUAACAUAAAUUUGCUUUUCUUUUCUUUUUGUAGAAAGAUUGAUGUACUGUAUGAUUAAAUAGUUUCACUCGCCGAUCUUACUUCAUAUGGUGAUUGUGGUUUUAUGACAGUACAGUGAAAGUUUCAUUUGUCUUAUCAUAACGAUAAAAACUGGCAAUCCACAAUAAGAACUGGCAAUCUACGAUAAUAAUUGGCAAUCUACCAUUUAAAAUACUUUGUCCAACCUAUAUUAAUUUAUAAAUACAGUUUCCUUUCAAGAAGUUCAGAAAAUGAACAACAUCCAUUCAAUUAUAAUUUUAUUAUCUUAUCUGAAAAGGUCCCAUUUAUAGAAUAUUUACUACAAAACUCUGAUGUAAUAAUGCUAACCACCUAAAUAUUAUGCCUUGUUCUGAUAAUAUUAGAUAAAAGGUAUUUGAUAAAAACAUGCUGCCCCCAACCCCCACCCCUUCAAUAGAAAGGUUAUCUUGAAAUGCUUGAACGUUGAAAUGAAAUAUUAGCUGGUUGUAUGAUUAAAUAAUUUCACUCGCCGAUCUGACACACAAUGGUGAUUGUGAUUAUAUGACAGUACCACGCUAAUGCUUGAUUAUCUGCCUUUGGUUUGUAAAUGUAAACCCCAAUAUAUAAUAGUAACAGUAGGACAAGAAAAAUGUGCCUUGUCUUUGACAAUAUAUUUAAGCUUCAAAGUUUUAGUUCGCUGGUUUCCGGUGCUAAAGAUAUUUGAUAAAAAAACGCACUUGUGAAAUUUAGUCUUAAGAUAAUUAAAAUGUAAACAAAGAUGAAAUAAAAGUAAGGAUAUUUUCUCUCUUUCGUCCCAUUGCAAUACUUUAAAAAUCUUGAAAUUAUCUGGUGCUGUAUGAUUAAAUAAUUUCACUCGCCGAUCUGACACACAAUGGUGAUUGUGAUUAUAUGACAGAACCAUUGA